GGGCGGGUGCAAUGAUAAACCGCAGCUAGCAGCGGGCUAACAUCGCCGAAAGCAGCCGCAUGUCUUCUGGGUCUGAAAAAGACCGAGUGUCGAAAAUACCCACCGGCUAAGGCGAGACAUCUUUCGGAAAAAGGCUACAGCCUCAGCCGGGGGGGAGACAGGCACCGGUUUCCACCCACCAUUGUGUUUCACACACCGGAUAUUGAAACGGGAAACUGGGCGCUAGCGAGCAGUGAGUGCCAUGGCGCGGGACUACGAUUACCUCUUCAAGCUGCUCAUCAUCGGCGACAGCGGUGUCGGGAAAAGCAGUCUACUGCUAAGGUUUGCAGACAACACAUUUUCAGGUAGCUACAUCACAACCAUCGGCGUGGACUUUAAGAUCCGGACGGUGGAGAUAAACGGCGAGAAGGUGAAGCUGCAGAUUUGGGACACAGCGGGACAGGAACGUUUCCGUACUAUCACUUCAACGUAUUACAGAGGCACGCAUGGCGUGAUAGUGGUUUAUGAUGUGACGAGUGCAGAGUCGUUUGUAAACGUCAAACGAUGGCUUCAUGAAAUCAACCAGAACUGUGACGAUGUUUGUCGAAUAUUAGUGGGUAAUAAGAACGACGACCCCAACUCUAAGGUGGUGGAGACAGCAGACGCACAGAAGUUUGCAGAGCAGAUGGACAUCCGGCUGUUUGAAACUAGCGCUAAGGAGAACAUCAACGUGGAGGAUAUGUUCAACUGCAUUACAGGGCUGGUUCUCAGGGCGAGAAAAGAGUCCAUGGCCAAGCAGCAGCAGCAACAGCAGAGCGAAGUGGUCAAACUAAGCAGGAACAGCAAACGCAAGAAGAAAUGCUGCUAGCGGGCCGGAGCUGUACUGCUACACUCUCCGAGCCAACUAAACACGCCACUGAACUGACAAGAGCCAGAGAACAGCCACAGAGCGCAGCAAUCCGAGAGAGACGAGCCAAAAUUCAAUUUAAAGAGAUGUAUCUAUAUCUAUAAAGAAAUCUACUAAUGAAAUCCUUUCGGACUUUAUAUUUACACGCACAACAGACCUGUGCAGACUCAAACAGAUUUACAUGAAAACGGAUUCGAGUGGCCACCACGUCCUUUCUGCAAAGGUCGAGGAAGUCCACUGCGACAAUGACCUUUAAAGGGGAAGUGUUUUGUCUAUAAUCAUGCCAGCCCUUAUAUAAACGCCCAUUUUGAACUCUGACACAUUGGUAUCUCAUUCGCUCAUUUUCUUAAGUGUCAGAGACAAGACUGUGCCAUUUGACACAAAUGAGGAUGACAAUGAUGAAGAAUCACAUCUUUUUUUUCUUCUUGAGAGCUCCUCAUGCUUGUUUGAUUUGCAGACAGCCUGGCCAGCCUUGACCACAUGCUCAAAUCGCCACCAAUCCCUCAGAGGUUAAUUCCUUUAUGCUUGUUUUUUUUUUGCUUGUUUUUGUACAUACUUUUUUUUUUACUAACAAAAUAUACCACUGUAAUCAGUCGCACAUUGGAUUUGGUGCCACCAGCCGGACCUUUUUGCUCUAACAGUGCCGAAGGAUCUUACUGAACCCCUGUGCAGCGAAAAAACGGAACUCAUUUAUGUAAAAGGGAUAAUGUAUUCUGAUCUAUUGGGAGAUUUAAAUCAGUCCUCAUGUGAACCAUCCUUUAGAUUUCAGUCGCCUGCUUUACCUGGACUCAGGUGUGAUGCCAAAUUGCCAAGCAGUGAGCUAUCAGACAUUACCAACUCCAAAAAGGAUAAGGUUUGGACCUAAAGACAUUUCAUAGUAUUAGAUGAAGGUAUCAGUGGUAGAGUGGUGUUUUUUUUUUUUUUGUUGUUUUUUUAAGUAGUAAGCACAGUACUACAAGGAGAAGACUGAAGUUGGGACCUGUGGGUUUGUUUAUUUUAUUUUUAUUUUUAUUUUUUUAUCCUUUCAGAAAAUAUCAUAAACAGCUGAUCAAAUAUCGCCACAUCUAGGUGAAUAUUUGUACAUAUUAAAAAAAAGAUAAGAUACAUAUUAAAAUAUGAAGAUAUAUAUGUCUAAUCUAGGAAGCUCCUUUUGCAUAUUACAACAGCAUAACCAGACUACAAUUUGAAUUCAAGGCACCGAGCUUGACAGCAAUCCCAAUCACGUUUAGAUACACACAUGUAACGGCGCGUAGGGCAGUUCAAAAACACCGUCUCGUCAAGAACCAGAACGUGAGCCGUUAAACAUGCGUACGCAUAUCAGUAUUGCAGUCUACACGAUGUACAUAUGCGAACACGCAUGUCUGUAUGUAAACAACAUUAUGUGUGUUGUAUAUAUGUGUAAGCUUAAUGGAUCUGGUGUACACUGGAAAAAAAAAGAUAUUUUGAUAUUUCGUCACUCAUUCAUUUUGUUCGCAUUGUCACGGGUCUAACUGAGGAUAAUAAACAUUUUAAAACAA